AUGGUUGAAAGAUUGGGCCUUCCUACAACUAAACAUCCACACCCAUACCGCCUCCAAUGGCUAAGUGAAGAAGGAGAGGUACGUGUUUACAAACAGGUACGUGUUCCUUUUUCAAUUGGUAAAUACAUUGAUGAAGUAGUGUGUGAUGUUGCUCCUAUGCAUGCGACACAUGUCAUUUUAGGAAGACCUUGGCAAUUUGAUAAACAUGUCACAUUUGAUGCUAAGGCAAACAAGUACAUUCUUUUGCACAAUGGUAAACGCAUGGUCCUAACACCACUCACACCUGCACAAGUGUAUGAGGACCAACUUAAAUUGCAAAGAGAGUAUGAAUUGGACCGCCAAAAGAGGAAACAAAAGGCGGCCGACCCUGGCAAAUGCUCCACUUCUACAAGUGAGCACUCGACCAAGGGUCAAGUGAGCACACCUAGUGUCACACAUGAUCCCGCAUUGACUAAGCCCAACACUAGGAAGCGAAACAUGAUAAUUAAGGCUAAGGAUGUUCGAAAACUUGUGAAUUCUGACCAGCCUGUAUUACUCUUGGUUUGCAAACACGUGCUCCUAAAUAUUGAUGAGCUCAAUAACGCAUUGCCUUCGAGUGUUGUUGCUCUUCUGCAGGAAUUCGAGGACGUAUUCCCUGAUGAGGUCCCUGAUGGAUUACCCCCCAUUUGA